CUAAACUCUUCCCUGUUAACCCACUUAGAAGCCAGAUCUCCCCUGUGGGGGCUUCUCUAAAACGUCCGUCCUACUCUAGUUUUUGAGAAAAGCAAAAGCCAAACCAGCAAAAGGGGUACUGGGAAGGAAGACACCCCCCUCCCAAAGGUGAGAGGGGGGGAAGAUGGCAGCUCUCGCCAGCUCUCUCAUUAGACAGAAACGGGCGGUCAAGGACGACCAAGCCAACCGACCGGUAGCCAACAAGCGCAAGCCCUGUCCUAAGAGCAACAAGUCCUUGUGCCAGAAACAGAUCCUAGUACUGAUCUCCAAAGUACGACUAUGUGGGGGUCGAAAAGGUCGAAACGACAAAAGACCGGAGCCACAGCUGAAAGGCAUUGUUACCCGGCUGUACAGCCAACAUGGUUAUUACCUGCAGAUGCAGCCUGACGGCACCAUGGACAGCACAAGGGAUGAAAGCAGCUCCUUUUCACAGUUCAACUUAAUUCCUGUGGGACUGCGAAUUGUGGCGAUCCAGGGGGCAAAGACAGGGUUGUACCUUGCCAUGAAUAGUGAUGGAUACCUCUAUACCUCUGAGCACUUCACUCCAGAGUGUAGGUUCAAGGAGAGUGUGUUUGAGAACUACUACGUUACAUACUCCUCCAUGCUCUAUCGCCAGACCCAGUCUGGCCGCUCCUGGUAUAUCGGUAUCAACCGUGAUGGCCAGGUCAUGAAGGGCAACCGGGUAAAGAAGACCAAAGGAGCCGCACACUUCCUGCCUAAAGUUAUAGAGGUUGCAAUGUAUAAGGAGCCAUCGUUACAUGAGCUCGCCAGUGAACCGGUGAGUCCUCCUCGGAAGACAGUGAAGACAUCAGAUUCGCCAUCCCUACAGAAUGGACGGAAAGAAGCUCCCAAGGCUGAUGCCUCAUAGCACAGGAGACUGAGGGUGGGACAAAGGGCAGCAGUGACACUGGGAACACAGUCGCCCAUUAUGCACUGAGGGUGGCUGAGGGAAUGGCCCUCAUGGGCCCUCACAUUCCAGAAGUGCACUGCAAGAUGCUGAGGUAUAAAGGGUCAGCAGUCCAUCAGCAGCCAUAAGAGGAGAGGAGUCCCCCCCUCACCUGUCACCACAGAAAGCAAGCCCAGGGCCCGAGCCAGAACUACUCCCACCUCCCACUGUUUUUCUCUUUCUCUGCCCCCUUUGACUUCCUGAUGCACAGUCUCCUUCAUUUCUCCAUCAUACUCAGGCUUCUCUGUCCCACUGACUAUUUCAUCUUUUCUCACAUGCCUACCCCACCGUCUGCUCUAUUGUACUGUAUAUUCACCACUCACACAUUUCCAGCGCUGACUCGGCAUCAUAAUCCUCACCCAUGGGCCCUCUCUUGAGCCCUAAAGUUGGUGACAGUGUGGCUCAGCCAGCUUUCCUCGUACCAUCUGCCAACCAGCGCAGCUAAUCACCAAGGUCAACUAAAGCUCAAAGUGAGAUCAAACAGCUCAGAGAGCAAAGAUAUCUGCUGGAAUCCUGGGUCAGGUCAGGUCAGCCAAGCAAGAUGAGUGUCUGAGAAAAUGUUUGGACAAAAUACAUUUAAAGAGUGUAUGACAACAAAACUAAU